AUGAACGUCCAGCUGAGCUUGGAGAACGGCGGGGACAUGUCCAUCCAGGAGCAGGAGCUGAUGCACAGCGACAGCCGGGCCCUGCACUCGGCCCUGCAGAGGCCGUCGCUGGUGGCCUCCGUCCUGGAGGGCAGUGAGUACCACCGGGCGGAGCACGCCCUGGCCACCACCUUGCACCCGGGGCUGGGCUUCGGCGGGGAGUCGCCCUCCGCUGGGGCGGGGAACAGCUACACCACCCUGACGCCCUUGCAGCCGCUGCACGAGAAGUUCCACCAUCACCACCACCAGUGCCUCCCCAUGGGGAACGUCAUUGGCAGCUUCACCCUCAUGCGAGAGGACCGGGGCCUGGGUGCCGGGGGGAACUUCUACAGCCCCUACCCCAAGGACAUCGGCAUGGGGCAGAGCCUGUCCUCCCUGCCAAGCCCGCAGCUGGGCCCCAUGCACAACUAUGCAGGCCACUCCUCCGCCCCGCUGGGCAACGAGAAGAUGGUGUUGGGCAACGGCUUUGAGGCCCACUCGGCCGCCAUGUUUGGCAGGAUGGAGCAGCACUUCUCCCGGGAGAUGUCCCCUUCGCAGAACUCCACCAUGGCCUCUCCCAGCGCCAUGGGCCAAACCCCCUACGGACACCCCCGGGCGGAGAUGAACGCCCGGCCCAACCCGCCCAUCGCCACCCAGACCACCGUCCUCUCCAGCCAGCUGGAGGAGAUCAACACCAAGGAGGUGGCUCAGAGGAUCAUCGCAGAGCUCAAGCGCUACAGCAUCCCCCAAGCCAUCUUCGCCGAGAGGGUCCUCUGCCGGUCGCAGGGCACCCUCUCGGACCUCCUGAGGAACCCCAAGCCCUGGAGCAAGCUCAAGUCCGGGAGGGAGACCUUCAAGAGGAUGUGGAGGUGGCUGCAGGAGCCAGAGUUCCAGAGGAUGGCAGCUUUAAGGUUAGAAGGUAAGAUAAUUUUUGACCCCCACCCUUCCCCAGCUGCAAGCAAGGGAAGCAGGCAAGGCUGGAACAAUACAAGGAAGCGAGGAGGGGCUGUUGCCGCCCCCCUCAAGGUCCUCGACAGACGUGGCAACCCUAUAUGUCGGGGCUUCACAACCUUUUCAGGGCCACUGCCCCCCAUAGCUGUCAACGUUUCCCCCUUUUUAAGGGAAAUUCCCUUAUUCUGAAUAGGAUUCCUCACAAGAAAAGGGAAAAGUUGACAGCUAUGCUGCUCCCUCGGUUCCACAAACUCAUCCCCUGUGUCUGCUACCCCAAUAAAAGCGUUAUUCAGAACAGCGGUUUGCAUGACCCACAAAGGAAGAUAGUAGCCCAAUAAAAUUCAUUGACUCGCCGAAUUGUAGAGUUGGGAGCAUAGGAGCCCAUUCCUAGGGGGCCAAAAUCCCUUCCGGCUGCCCCCCAAUAAGAUAUUUGAGGGGGCCAGCCCCCCUCCCCAAGCUGACACACAUUGCCAUUCAAAUGGUGUGUCAUUCGUAAUCUUGUGGUCGGUUAUGUGGGUUGGGGCUUAUCUAGGCCCCCCCAUUUUUUUAUUCAAUUUGGCACCCCUGAGGGACCCCAAGGGUCAUCCAGUCCAACCCCCUGCAAUGCAGGAAUCUCAGCGAAAGCAUCCAUGACGGACAGCCAUCCAGCCUCUGUUGAAAAACCUCCAAGAAAGGAACAUCCAGCAGCUCCCGAGGGAGUUCAAAAGAGGAACAAUUAAUUGCACAUUUAUUCGAAAUCCAACCAAAACUAUUUGGUUUAAUUAAGUGAGCAGAAGGAAUGAACUGGAUCCAGUGCUAUCGGCUUUCCAAAGUCUGUUGGGCGUUGGCGUCUCCUGCACCCGCUGCCGCCCCCUUGCGCCUUAGCUCCCCACUAGGGAAUCCCACCCCUACCCCACCCCGGUGGCACCACCCACUUGGGAACCGCUGCUAUCAGAGCCAGCAGCGCCCGUUUCCGCUGGCAGCAGAAACCACCCCCUCACUGAGUUUCACCCCAUAGGUGGAGAAGACAUGGCCAUAGCCUUGCUCAGUUCUCUUCCCUCGCUGAAUUUGGCGACGGGGUUGCGUUCCAGUGUGCGGUGGAAGCCGUGGGGUGCGGUGGUGGCAGUCGGGGGGCAGGCAGGAGACGGCACAUUCCCAUCUUGCUUCAGAUGGCGAAAUGGGAUGGGCCGCCCCCAACUGCUCUAGGCAGGCCCUUGCUUGGGAGUUGAGCUAAACUCUCUAGGCCUGGCUGCUGAGACAACAGACCUGCCAAGGGUCUCCUCGAAGGAGGGCUUGGGGGCGAAAGGAAGGGCUUCUUCCUCACACAGGACACAGUUAAACUGUGGAACUCACCCCCACAGGAGGCAGCUAUGGCCACCCACCUUUGAAUGAGGAUUAGACAAAUUCAGGGAGAAGGAUUGGACUAUCGGGGGCGAAAAGCCACAGCAGCUGUGUGUUCCCCUCCAGCGACGGAGGCAGAUUUCGGGGGGGGGGGCGUGACUUGUCCGCCCUUACUGGGUGCUGAUCCGAGAGGGCUCUGCCACAAAGACUUUGAACGUUGAGAGGCGGGGACGCGCACCAAAUUUUGCACAGGGCACCUCUGGAAUUUGAAAGCCCCUCUGGAGAAGACCCGUUGCUGCGAAUUGCAAGCACUCUGGUUGUGCUUUUGGGCUUCCAGUUGGAACAUCAGGGUGCUGGGCUAGAUGGGACCCCUUGGACCUCAUCCAGCAGCAGAGGCUCUCCUGAUUUUUUUGAUUUUUUUUUCAGAGAUCUUUAUUGAAACUUAACGUAUAUACAUAAUAACCAAAAUUCCCAAUGAUUCCCUCAUAUAAAAUAUAAUAUCUAAAUUACAACAGCUGCAUAAUUAUACACUUAAUUAUAAAACCCAUCACCCACCCUCUACUUCCCUCCACAGCAAUUCGACUUCUUUAUAUUUAUUUCUACCUUUCCCCCUUGCAUUCUACAAUAAAUUAUUUUUGUUAAAUUCUGAUUUUUCCUUCUUUCUUUCUUUGUUUUGUUAUUGCUUACAUUUUUUAUUCUAAGCCUAUUAAAAUAUCAUUUUUAGAACAAUAUUUUGACAUAUAAUCUUCAAAAUACUUCCACUGCCUUCUUAACUUUUGAUUUGAUUGAUAUCUUAUAAUUGAAGUUAAUUUUGCCAAUUCUAUAGACUCACUUAAUUUACAAAUCCCCUCCUCCUUUGUUGGUGUGUCCUGAGAUAGGGAAAUAGAAAUCACAGCUGGGCUCAACUGAUGUCCUGAUGGAACCUCCAGCUCCAGAGGCAGUCUAGCUAGAUUUGUAUGUUAUCAGGGGCGUUGACCAUUGAGGGAAGAGGAUGCUGGACCAAAGGGGCCCUCAUUGGCCGGAUCCAGCAGGUUUCUCCUGAUGUCCUUACACUGGGCCUCUUCUGAGAGACAAGACUGGGCUUGGAAGGAGGUCAGCAUCCCAGCCUAGGUUACUGGGGGCAUUCAGAAAUCCUGCACCCAGCCUUCCAGGCCAUAGGCUGGGAUGGGUUGCCGAGGUGAAAAGAUGGAGUCAAAGUCUUUUGGCGCCAGCUUGAAUGUUCAAGCCACCAGUUUCGUCAGGCCCCUGGGAUAUCCCCAAGCUCCAGACCAGGUGUGGGGGGACCUCUGGCCUUCCAGAUGUUGCUGAACUUGAACGCCCAUCUGCCCCAGCAAGCAUGGCCAAUAGCCAGGGAUGACAGUGGGACUCUGAGCACCAUUCCCCAGCUGCAGGCAAGGAUCUGCACACCGCCAUGGGCAAACCCAAAAGGAAGUCCACGACGGUGGCAGGGAGAUCAAACCCUGCGCUCCCUCCUCAGCCGGUUCUUUCGAGGCUGACCACAACACCGGGCUUCAUUGGGGCCUGCAAAAUGCCUCUGUGUGGGUGUUUGGGUGCUGGGCUGCAGCUCAGCACCAUCCCCCCCCAUCCCUUGCAAACCGUCAUUCACUCGCAUGAUCACAGAGAGGCGGGUGGAGAUGGCUGAGUGUGGAAGUAAACCCUCAGUUAUUUUUUUAUAUAUAUAUAAAAAACGAAGAGAGGGGCGUGAGGGAGGAAAGAGCCAUAAGGUCACCAUUAUGGCGACUUCUUGAAAACUGUUAAGUCCUGAAUAUCGGAGUGCUGAAUGAAUAAUCACCCUCUCGGAUCCAUUAUUGUUGGGUAAUAUGAAUCUCGGCUAUUGAUUAUGCUUUUUGCAAUAGAGUCGGAUCCAAUAUCUGUAAGAGUGGUUUGCUGGGGUUGGGGGGUUGGGGUAAGAUUGCCCAAUAAAUAGGGAAAUCUGUCCACAGAUUCUUUGUGGUUGUAUUUCUGCUUUCCUUGUAUUGUUCUAGCCGCCCUCCAAUAUUUUCCCGUGGCCUCUACUGGAUGCCACUGCAAGCGUCCAAUUGCCCCCCUCCAAAAAAUUUCCUUGCCACUAAACACACGCUGCUCUGUUCUUCUUUCGUGCCUCUAGCUCUCAUGAUUCAAGGGCAAACUGAGAUGGAUAAUCUAUUUAGAAUAAUAUCCACCCCCCCCAGCGUAUCUAAAUUAUGGGUGUUGCUGCGUUUAGUAGGAUGUUGUUUUAUAUAUAUACAUAUAUGUAACAAAGAAAGAAAAUUGGAGAAAGGUGUUAAAAGGAGAUUUCGUUUCACGAUUCAGUUGCAGGGCUUGGGUAGCGAUCCUAACCCUACUUACCUGGGAGUAAUCCCCAUUGAAUUCAGUAGGACUCACUUCUAAGAAGACAAGGUUAAGGUUUUGCCAUAAGGCAGUGAUCCUGCUCACACAUCUUGGCUGGGACUAAGGCCUGGGUAGCAGAAGCGGCAGUGGUGGUGGGGGAGCUUACCUUUGAGUAGACUUGCCCAGGAUUGAAAGUAAAGCAUUAAAAACUACCCAGGAUGUGUGGGGUGGUGUAAUUUCUACUGAGUAAACAGUUGGAUGCACAAGGUGUUAAAUUGUAGGGCUGGAAGGGGGUUCCCCUACGGUCCUCUAGCUCAACCCCUUGCAAUGCGGAUUGUGUUGAUUGUGGAAUCCCCCGCAAGCUGCACUUGCCCAAUUUAAAACUUGAAAGUUAAUGUUGACAUUAGCAUCACCAGAAACACAAGCAGAUGCAUUUGCACACCCAUUACUUUUGCACUGCAAAAUUCAGAAAAGUGCGAAUUUCGAAGGACAGCUGUGUUUCAAUUCGCACCUGGGUCUGGAAAAUAUGAGUUAGGUAGGAUUGCCUACAGUGCAGAUGGAAUCAGAUUUCUCUCCCCUGUCCCUGUUCUUUAAAGGGGGAAGCUAAAGUGUGGGGGGCUUUUUAGUUGAGACAAAAAAAUGGUGAUGAAGCCCAGGCAGGAUAGAAUUUUAAAACUGUAUGUAGUGUAGAAAAGGCAGAAGGCAGGGCAGAGAAUUCUAGAGCUCUGGGUCAUGAAACUGAUGGUUGGUAGGUUUCGGGACAGACAAAAAGAUAGCAUCCUUCUUCAUGCAACUAACAGUGAGCUUGAGGGAUUUGGCGCCAGAAAACAGGAUGAUGGGCAGAAGUUUCGUUGGCUUUAAUUGGGAUUAAAAAAUAAUCAUGACUGCAGGUCUGUCCACAACUCAGCUGAACUGCCAUGUGCAGGCGCAGUCUACCCUCAAAUAACCUCUAUCCUCCCCCCCAUGGAGAAGGGGCUGUUGCCUUCAUGGCCAACUUGUAAGCUUACGACAAGUAUCUGACUGGCCUGUGCUGGGAAGAAAGAUGAUGGACUUGAUGGGGCUUCUGUUUCAUUCAGGAGGGUGCUUGCUAGGUUCUUGAGACAAACCUGGGUCCUCCUUUGUGGUUCAAAAAGCAAGGCAAAAACAUUUUUACAGGUACAGGCUGCUCCCCAGUUACGUGGGGGUUACAUUCCCAGGCACCGCACAUUUGAGUGAAAUCGUGUAUACUGGGAGCACCAUCGAAAAAACUGCAGACGCUCUCUAAACCUCUGGAAACUCUUGGGAAACCCUUUAAAAAACCCAGCAGAACCUCCCCAAACUUCCUUUCCAGACUCCUUACCAGACUCCCUCCAAACCUUCUUUCUCCAACUCUCCAUAGGCCUCAAAGGUGCUUAUAAAGGCUCCUGGGAUUGCACUUGCAAAGGCUCUUGGGAUUGCUAGACACUGUUUUCACGCCAUUUUUGCAUUCGGGGGGCGUGGGUGUUUCUGCCUCUUUAAGUGCCACUUCCAGGUUUGCACAUGACUCGAAUGUGCACGAAUGGGGAUUUUCCUGUACCUGUAGAAAUGUAGCAGGCAAGGGUGCCCAUUGGGACUGGUAGGGCAGAAAGCAGGGAGCCGGGCAGUAGGGGGCGCCAGAGCCAAUGGCCAGGUGGAAUCAACUCACCCUAGUUCUUGCCAUCCUCCUCUUACCUGCUGAGUUCUCCAAGAGGCAGCACAGAGACCAAGGUGAGCAGGAAGAUAGCCAGGUGGGGGCUGACUGAGGUUGGUGGGGGCAGCACCCCACUUGCCCAAAUGGACCCCCCUCUAACAGUAGCAGGGGUUAAUGAAUGCCAAAGAGGCAUUUGCUGACCUGGAACAACGCAGACCACCAUUGGGACUUGAACCUGAUAUUUCAUAGGUGCCUUCUGGCUUGGUUCCUUAUAGCAUGGCCUGCCCAUUCCUGCAUCCCGCCACACCCCUCACCGUUUUAUCCUCACACGAUGACCCUGUGAGGUAGGCUAGACCAAGAGAUAGUGGCUGCCCCCAAGGUCACACGCAGCGAGAGGCGAGUGGGGAUUUGAACUCGGGUCCCCAAAGUCCUGGCGCAACACACAGGCACUCCCAUGCUACCACCAAAAGACACACAGCAGAGCUGUUGCCCCUUUCACCUUCCUUGUAAUAGAAUCCUACGGUGGGAAGGGAUCCCCAAGGCUCAUCUAGUCCAGCCCCCCCCCCACAAUGCCAAAACACAGCUAAAUAAUCCCUGGGGGAUGGCCAACAGACCUCUGCUCAAAAACCUCCAGAGAAGGAGAGUCCAGCAUCUUCCAAGGGAGUCGGUUCCACAGCCAAACAGCUCUUACCAUCAGAGAGUUUAGUCAAAAUUUCAUUUCUUGUAAUUUAAAUACAGUGGACGCUCGGGUUGUGAACGUGAUCUGUGCGGGAUGCACGUUCACAACCCGCAGCAUUCACAACCCGCAUCUGCGCACUCACAGGUUGCGAUUCGGUGCUUCUGCGCAUGCGCAAAGAGCAAUUUAGCACUUCUGCGCAUGCAUGGCCACUGAAACCCAGAAAUAACCCGUUCUGGUACUUCCGGGUUUCAGCGGUCUGCAACCCGAAAAAACACAACCUGAAGCGGCUGUAACCCAAGGUAUGACUGCACACCAUUUCAGGUCCUCACCUCUUGAGCAGGAGAAAACAAGCUUUCUCCAUCUUCCAUGCGACAGCUCUUUAGAUAUCUGGAGAUGGUUAUCAAAUCACCUCUCAGUCUCCCCUUUUCCAGGCUAAACAAACCCUGCUCCUUCAACCAUUCCUCAUCAGGCUUGCUUUCCAGGCACUUAAUUUUCGUGGUCUCCCUCUCUGCACACAUUCCAGGCCGUCCUUAUUUAAAAAAUUGUGGUGCUCAGAACAGGACACAGUAUUCCAGGUGGGGCUUGACCUUGGGUAUUCAGGGCUCUUUUCCUGCAAAUCCAGAACCAGAACUGGAUCUGCCCAGCGCGCCAGAUGAGCUCAUGUCCGAGGAGAGGGAGGAGAGACAUCCCCACCCCCCGUGGAAAGGAUAGACCAAAGGAAUCAAUGUCUCUAUACUUAGAUAUGCUGAGACACUCUGAUUCUAAUAAUAUUUCCCGCGUGGCGGCAUGCCCUGUCCAAAGAUGACCAUAAACCCAGGCUUCACUCUGCUGACCAUCACAAAUGAUAUAUAAUGGCCAAGCAUUGCCUUGAUGGGAAAUUAAAAAGGCGUCCGUUCCUUUCCUUUCCUUUCCAAGAUCACUUAGCUCGCCUUUAACCGAUCCUGAAUGUUGGCAGAUCGAGGACAGAUAAGAGGAAAGGCCUCUUCGUACAUCACACAGUUGAACUGUGGAUCUCUCCCCCACAAGAGGCAGCAAUGGUCCCCAAUUUGGAUGCCUUUAAAAGAGGACGAGACAAAUUCACGAAGGAGAGUAGGGCUAGUGGUGGCUGUUGUUGUUUAGAGCACUAGAACAACAGGAUUCUGGAAUAGAUGGGCUCCCAUUGCCCUGAUCCAACAGGCUUUUCUUAUGUUGUUGUUGUUUAGUCGUGUCCGCCUCUUCGUGACCCCAUGGACCAGAGCACGCCAGGCACUCCUGUCUUCCACUGCCUCCUGCAGUUUGGUCAAACUCAUGUUGGCACCUUCGAGAACACUGUCCCACCAUCUCGUCCUCCGCCGUCCCCUUCUCCUUGUGCCCUCCAUCUUUCCCAACAUCGGGGUCUUUCCCAGGGAGUCUUCUCUUCUCAUGAGGUGGCCAAAGUCUUGGAGCCUCAGCUUCAGGAUCUGUCCUUCCAGUGAGCACUCAGGGCUGAUUUCCUUCAGAAUGGAGAGGUUUGCUCUUCUUGCAGUCCAUGGGACUCUCAAGAGUCUCCUUCAGCACCAGAAUUCAAAAGCAUCAGUUCUUCGGCGAUCAGCCUUCUUGAUGGUCCAGCUCUCGCUUCCAUACAUCACUACUGGGAAAACCAUAUCUUGAACUAUAUGGACUACUAGGGCGGCUACUGGUCACAAUGGCUGUUCUCUGUUGCUGUGGUCAGAGGCAGCAGUGCUUCUGAACUGCUGGAAAUUGGGAGAGGGUAGAAUGUCUCACUUACCCACAAAAUUCAGAGAAGUGCAAAUGUCAAAGGGUAGUUGUGUUGGCGAAUUGUUUUGUAAGGUAGGUUUUCAUCCCCUGCCAAGGCAGGAAACUCUCCGUGAGCCCCACACUGUCCCUGUCAAACAGCUCGUAGCUUCAAUAAGUUCUUCUCGUGUUUGUUGAAACCGUUCUUCCAGGAAGCGGACCCCUUUGGGUCCAGCCCUCUGGGUCCCAAAUUCUACCCUUCUUAAUGCCGAGCUGAAAUCGUUCUCCACUGGGUCUCACCUUCUGAAACAGCAGUGGGGGUUGUUUUGUUCCAUCAUCUCCUUACUUAUUUAUAAGGCUACUUAUAAACCACCAACUCAUAAAAAAAGGCAAGCAUGGCAGUGUACAAUAAAACCAUUACAGAAACAUCGUUAAAUGAAGAAAAUCAUAAAUACGAAGAAAAUCACUGAAUGAUAAAAAAAAUAAAAAUCUCUAGAAACCCCAUAGGAUGAAAGAUGCUGAUGGGCCCUGUGCUGAGUGUGAGAUUAGAAUCUGCAUCUUCCCGGUUCUAAUCUGAUACUCUGACCACUGCACUGCACUGCCAUAAAGAUUAGCUAGAGACUUGGGGGCAGUUCUUGUGUGAAAUUUCAGGAGCCAGAGCAGAGAGAGCCUGCAGUAAGUGCCAGGCUGAGAGCUUUACAAAAAUUGCCCUUAUUAGAAAGGUUUUUUUAUAGUCUUUAACGGCUUCCUGUUUAUUAUGACAUAAGCUUUUCUGAGGUGCAUGAAGUAUGUGUAUAGUACACACACACAUAUAUACACAGACACAAAUACAUACCAUAAAAUAAAAUCUGUGGAAAGUGUACAUAUUCACAGUGACCAGAUAUUCCAGCAGACACUGGUGAUAGAACAGAAUUUUCCCGCUUAUAUAUCUGUGGUUGUUGAUUUUUAAACGAAUAUCCUGCGUUAUCUUGCCAAAACAACAACCCUGGGCAGCUAAAAAUGCAAAAUAAAUAAAUAAUAUUUUAAAGCAAAAAUUCAAAACAACCAAACGCAUCAGGGGGGAAAACAAAUGCGAUGAAACUCAGGAAGAAUUCCAAACAAUAACUAGUAGAACUCCAAAAGGUUGCCCAACAGCACCAAGAAGACCACCGGCUACUCUCAAAUAAACCCCAGUUUUAAGUCAGAGAAGUUUGGCUUUGAUGGUGUGCGUAAACAGAUAGAAUUAAACUCACUGACAGGUUAUAGUUCUGCCAACACUGUCUUUCGCUGUCAUUUCUGCACUGCAGAAGGCUGGACUAGAUGACCCUUGGCAGUGGCAGACCUUGGGUCUCAAAUUGAACUGCAAAAUUCAGCCCCCGCCUCUCACACUCCAUUCUAAAUCACAGUUGUGGCGCCCCCUGCAGUGCCCCUGUGGCUCUGCGCCCAGCGCGACCGAACAGGUUGUGCUCCCCUAAAUCCACUUCUGUCCUUGGGGUCCCCUCUACGAUUCUAUAAAUCAAAAACAUUUUCAGUGGGUGACAAAAUGGUCAGCACCGCAGGUACCUGUCUGAUUUAAGUGGGAAGGGUAUAUUCCCAAUUACUGGUGCCAUUUUGUUAAAAGCUCACAUAGCCUAUGCAACAGCCUCUCAAAUAUUUGGCUAUCAUGUAACUUUGCUCGGCUAGACAUAUUGAAUUCCCUUCCAAUACGGAUGCUGAAAAUAAUCAGACAAGGUUCCUAUAUUAUCCUGUUAGAGAUAGCAAUGUUAUUCCCGGGCACAGACUGCGGCUUCUGGUUCAACCAAGGUGUGAACAGUGUUUGGCUCACACCACAAGCCCUUAACCACCAACCUCUCGUAAACUCCAACUGCUCGUUUGAACUUGUGUUGGAAAAUCAAAUGGCUGACGUUUAUCCAUAGCUUAAUCCUGAAUCUCAAAGGCUGGUUAGCACUUCAAAAAGGCCAGGUUUCUAAUGGCCACGCGGUGCCAUAGUCCUGGAGACUGCCACAUGUGAUUUAGACAGGAGAUGGCUUUUCAGAGCAUGUGCAGAGUGCAGGUCCUUACCACUGGUGCCCAGCCAUGGCACAGACUCCAACUCUGCAUAGAUUUGGGGGGGGGGGAAAGAUGGGAAAUAAGAAAAAAAUAACCCUCCUCACUGUGGAUCACUGCUUAAAGUCUCUCUCUCGUCUUCCCAGCACAGAUUAAGAAUUACCGUAUUUUUUGCUCUAUAAGACUCACUUUUUCCCUCCUAAAAAGUAAGGGGAAAUGUGUGUGUGUGUCUUAUGGAGCGAAUGCAGGCUGCACCGCUAUCCCAGAAGCCAGAACAGCAAGAGGGAUUGCUGCUUUCACUGCACAGGGAUCCCUCUUGCUGUUCUGGCUUCUGAGAUUCAGAAUAUUUUUUCCCCCUUGUUUUCCUCCUCCAAAAACUAGGUGCAUCUUGUGGUCUGGUGCGUCUUAUAGAGAGGAAAAUACAGUAACGUUGCACAGUUGAUGUACAGUGCCUAUUAUGGGCAGAUUUCAAAGCUGGAAGAGUAUUUGUGCUUUUGAUAUUACACACACACAGAGGCCCAAAAAUCUGUUGAAAGGGAAAGCACAAAAACAUACCUUUCCUGCCGCUGGGUGUGCAGUGACAAGGCCUCACAAUUUCUGUGUGUCUCCCUAGUGCUCAUUCGCACCCGUUCAUUUGCAUCCAUCCCCCUAACCAAGAAAACCAGCUUCAAAGGACCCAGAGGUGAGGCUGAAACCUGAUUGACAAGUCUCAUUCAUUAAAAAAAUCCUCAGAAUCUUAAGAGGCAAAAAGGGGACAGCAAAUGUCCGUGGUAAACCAGAACACACGGUCCAGCUUUAUUCCUCACCCACACCCAAUUUAUCCGGCAUAUUUUUGGCAUUUCUGUCCUGGGGGUGCUUAAUUUAUCCUCGUGACAACCCUACAAGGUUAGGCUGAGGCAGAGCGCCUACUAGAAAGGAGUCCUGGACUAUGGAACUCACUGCCACAGGAUGGCCACUGACCUAGAUGGCUUUGAAAAAAGGAUUAGACGAAUUUAUAAAGUCAGAGGCAGCAAUGCUCCUGAAGACCAGUUUCUGGAAGCCACGAGAGGGGAGAGAGCUGCUCUUGGGCUCCAGUCCUGUUUGUGGGUACCUGGUCGGCCGCUGUGAGAACAGGAUGGCCCACUGGUCUGAUCCAGCAAGCUCUUCUUCUGCUCGUAUAAGAGUGACCGGCUCAAGGUCACUCAAGGCCAAAUGAAAAUUUGAACUCUGCUCUCCCCAGACCCAAGCUGGCCCUCUAACCGCUGCAACCGUGCUUCCAGCCAGCCUGUCUCUUUCCAGACACUGGGUGCAUUUAGACAACAAACACAGCAGCUUUUCAUUCCUACUCGAUGCUGGUGCAUCUCCUCUCAGCAACCAGAUUUUUAGACACCAGGCCGCCGUUUCCCGCCCCCUCUCUCGACGGCAUCCUUCGGUGACCCUCCCUGGCACCCUGGGUGUCUCCACCACGCUCCGUUCCCCCUGCGCGAGUGCCAUUUCCCUGGCAGAGCAAGGGGCCUCGUCACCUGCGCCGGCAGAGAGCGACCGCUGGCUUGUUAGGAGCUAAUGAAGCUGUCACGGGGUGAUGGAUCCAUCAGAAGGACGGUCACGCGCUGGGAUGUCCAAGGGGGCCCAGGCGAGCCAGCGGACGCGUUGUGUCUCUUCCCCGAAGCAGCAGGAAGUUCCAAGGCAGGGUUUGGAAGUGGGCUUUCCUUGGAGGGCGGGAGAGAGGGAGAAUCAGCAGCAAAGCUGUGUGAGGAACGAUCCCGUCCCGGUGCCUCCCGUGGAUUUGGGGAAGAGAUCAUUUACCUCUCCUUUAAAAACCAGCACUGCCUCUUCUGCUGCACAAGGUGCGAGUUACAAGCGAAUCCCACCACUAGGUCUUACUGUCAGGCAGGGAUGGUGGGGAGAGAGAGAUUGGCUUGCGCUUCCCGAAAACAAUGCACAAACCAAAACACAUCGAGGCUUUGAAAUUUGCACUUCUCUGAAUUUUGCAAGGCAGUCCUCCUGCCCCAAAAUAGAGUCGUGUGUGUGCUGUAAGAUGCCAUAUAUUAGGGGAACAUAGAGAAUUAUUUGCUUGCAAAAAGGGAGGGGAAAUUGGGAUAAAUUUGCUCUAAAGCACUUGACAAUUUUUUAGCAGGGUUUUUUUUUUCUUCAUUUGUUUAUUGCAAACUGAUGUGGAAACGCAGGAAACUGAAACAAGUUAAGUAAGAAAAAUAAAAAAUUACCGAUUUGUCCGUUCCCACCUCAGGCCAGGACUGUUUUUUAGGACUGGCUGGAUGAUAAUGCCAGUGGUAUAAAGAGGUAAAAGAACAUGCUUUUUAAUUUUACAAAUGGGAGUUUGUAAUGGGAGGGCAAGUGUCAAAGGAAGCAAUGAGAACAUUUGUGUAGAAAAGUGAUUUUAAGCAUUCACACACACAUACUGCAAGCAAAACACACAAAUGUAACUAUUUUUAUUUUACGAAUGGUCAACGAAUUUACUUAAAUUUUAGUCCAUUCGUUGCCCUCCUUUUAACCAUAAGACUGACUCAGUUUUAAAAGAAAGUUUAAAACCUGUGCAUUCUCCCCCAAACCUCAGGAUUGGUGGCUUACUUACUGUAUUUCUAUUUUAUUUUUAAUCACAGCUCUCCCCAUGGCUCCCUAAAAACAAAGCGCACACACAGCUUAACACUUCCUUUGUUAAAAGCAGAGAGUUUGAGCGAAGGAGGCAUCUUAAAAGUACAAUUUGCUUUUUUUAAAAUAAAAAAGCAGCAGCCACCCAUUGCUUUUUUAGAAGAGAAAGGCUCCCUUUAACGAUUUUUAAGACGUCCCCCUUUGUAGCGACACCACUGGCCUCAAAAUCAUUGCCCCGAAAUUAAAAGCAGGUGUGCUCUUAACACUUGGCCUGCCUUUUCACAAAAACCAGCCGAGAUCGGUUCUGGGCAGGCUUCCUUAUUCCUCCAAUAAACUCAGUUGGGGCUUACUCCGGAGUAAACAGGCACAAGCACAGCUCUCUUUAAGCUUUAAUCAAUCCAUUUAACCGCGCCAAGUUCUCAGGAUGUCGUCGAUAGAUUAUUAGAGGGGACAGCGGGGAUGUAUUUAAAUGGAGUGGCAAUCAGUGUUGGAUCGGGCCCCAUCCUAAUGAGCAAUGGAGGGGGGGUGGGACCGUUUGGAUUCUGCACAUCCGGUUCAGUUGGGCCAGGCCUGCUGUGACAUGAUGGAGCGCUUGAACAUAUUAGCGCAAGCAAGCGUGAAUGUCAAGAUUCGGGGACGUUUUCCUGAUGGGUCGGCCAUGUUGUCGAGAGCCCAACUGCACGGCGAUUGGCUAUUAAUAUCGUGGUGGCCGCAGAAGCAUUUCCCAUUGUCCGGGGUGUGGGUGUGGGUGUGCAAAAAGCUCGGUUAAAAAGUCUGGGCAAUCUCCUGUUCCCCCUCCACGCAGAAUCGAGCAGCUGUUUGGGGUGGGGCAGUAGGGAAAGGCAAACCGUUCUAUCCUGCCCCCCCUGCCCUCGACCUACUGAGGGACUUCAUAUAAGGGGAAGUCAUCGAUUUUAUUUUCUGUGGCAGACACAGUCACAAGCUAGCAAGCGGUGUGCUCCCCCAGAAUCCCCUCUGUUCCGUUCCCCAGGGUGUUUUGUUCUGCAAAGCAAAACAUUGAUUUUUUCCCCCCGUUUUGAUUGGCCCAAAAUUGCCCCUUCUUGGUUUUAACCCUGUGCCCAAAAUGUGCGUGUUUUUGUUUGGAAGAAUGGGGGGGGGGGAGAGAGAGAGAUUAAAUUUCUGGAUUUUCCCACCUCCAGUUUGACCCAAUUGUUGUUGGGAUGCACAGACAGAUCUGUGGUUCUCCUGAAGUUGUUGGACUCUAAUUUCCACCCAGGGCAAAUGAGACUCGGAGUUAAUGGAUGCGGGAGAAAUUUGGUUCAGAUUUUAAAGCAAAUCUCCCUAAAUCACACUGACGUGUGUAUUGAAACAUAGCGAUCCUUUGAUGGUCACACCUCUCUGAAUUUUGCGAUGUGGUGCUGCAACCAAAUAAUGUGUAGCAGAACGCAUACGUUGUGGGGGAAAGUGUGUUUCAAAAUGCAUAUAUAUUUGUGAAAAGAGCAUGCAAAAAAAUGCAUCAGCUAGGGGGAAAUCACUUGCAAAACAUAGCUGUCAACAUUUCCCUUUUUAAAAGGGAAAUUCCCUUAUUCCGAAUAGGAUUCCUCGCAAGAAAAGGGAAAAGUUGACAGCCAUGCUUGCAAAAGCAUCCGUAUUUGGCAAAAAUGGCAUACAAAAAUGGGCUCGUUAGGAGAAACGAAAACACUGGUGAAUUUUUGUAAGGACCUUUUUAAAGAAAUCUGCAAAAAGUUGCAGAAAUGGAGAGCUGAACUUUAAAAGGGACAAAGGACAAAUGACUAGAAACUGAAAUUAACAGACUCGGGCUUCGCUGCUUGUAGUCCAACAAGAGGGGAGGGGGCACAGAGUUUUCCAUCUCUGUUGUAAAUCUCUCUCAAGAAUAUUUUAUUAACAGCCCCCCCCCCCAAGUGCAUGGUUCUGACAUUUAGAGGCCUGGACACUCUGUUCCAUCUGCUUGGGAAAGUUUAAGUAAGUGAUACAAACCACAUUCAAUGGGGAAAGCAUAUAGAUAUUAAAAAAAUUAGGAAGAAUCGUCUGAGCUGGAUGGACAGGUGGCUGAUCACUUGGCAGCCAAACUUGGCUAUUUUAAAAUUUCUACCAGAGUCAGCAUGAUGGGGAUGGGGAGAGAAAUUCUACUCUGUUCUCAUUUAAAGCCGAUUGCAAACAAUGUGCAGAACAGAAGAUAGCCGCCUGUCAAAAUUCACACAUAUCCAAAUUCUCCAGCACUGUUCUCCAAACAAAAAUGAAUCUAUUAGGGCAAAGCGGGCAUGCAAAUGAGGGCAUUAGUGGAAAGAACAUGGAUAUAUUCAUUAUAUUGGGGGAAGAUGGGAAAAUGCGUACAUUAGUCAAAACCUCAAGCAAAGAUGUGUUCGUUAGAAGGAAUUCGCACACAAAUGCCUGGUGAAUUCUCACGAGGAUUAAAAAUAAAUAAAUCCUCAAAUUGCUGCAAAAUGUGGAGAAACUGAAUUUAAUAUUGGUGGGAAAUGAGGAAGUGGGAGAACCGAAACGGACAAUCUUCAUGCGGCGUCACACAAAUUGUCGCAUGAGCAGAUGGCGUCCAAGUGUGUGGCUGCCUUGCUGCAAGAUCCAGGCCCCAUCCUCACGAUCCGUUUAGAGCAGAAUCACACCACUUUUGCAGUCAUGGCUUCCCUCUCUCAAAGAAUCCGGGGAACUGUAGUUUAAGGUGCCAAGAGUUGUGAAACCACCCUAUCCUCCUCACAGAGUUGUUUAAAGAUCAACCCCUCUUCCCAGGGAACUCUGGGAACUGUAGCUCUGUGUGAGUGGAAAUAGGUCUCCUAACAGCUCUCCACACCCUGAACAAACUGCGGUUCCCAGGAUUCUUUGGGGUUGGAGAAGCCGUGACUGUUUUAAGUGGGAUGACGCUGCUUUGAGUUUAAAGUGCAGAUGGCGCCUUGUUCAUGAAGGAUGCAGCUUUUAGUUGUGGUGCCAAAAGGAGUCUCUCCAUCCAGACACAGCCAUCACCUCCAAAAAAGCAGAGGCCAAAUAAUCAGAGAUCUGAGUCUCCAGCAUGCCUGGCCUGUCAGAUUCCGGACAACCCUGCUUGUCCUUUUCCCACACCGACAUCGGGCGCAAGCCCUGCUCCAGAUCCACUGGCGGCGCAAGCUUACGUGGAGUUGCCAUUGAAAGGUUCCUCUGGUCCUGCUUCCCCCUAAUCCAGCGGUUCUCAACCUGUGGGUCCUCUGAUGUUGUUGGACUACAACUCCCAUCACCCCUAGCUAGCAAGGCCAGAGCUCAGGGAUGAUGGGAGUUGUAGUCCAACAACAUCUGGGGACCCACAAGUUGAGAACCGCUGCAGCCUAACCUGUGCGCUUGCUUCUGCGACCCUGGAUAUUUUCUGUCUAGCCCAUCCAUCGGCAGACGGUUCAAAAAAGGCAAACAUUUCACUCACUACUACUCAGGGGAGACGUUUUUCUCCCUCUCUCGUAACUCUGGGAACCAGGGGGACAGCCAAUGAAGCUGAACAGGACAGAGGAAAGAAAUAAAUUGUUCGUGCAAUGUGUCGUUGAACUGUGGAAAUCACUUAAAAGAGGACUGGGCACGUUCACGGAUGAGUAAUGUGGAUUAUUGGGGACACAGGUGGCGCUGUGGGUUAAACCACAGAGCCUAGGACUUGCCGAUCAGAAGGUCGGUGGUUCGAAUCCCCGCGACGGGGUGAGGUCCCGUUGCUCGGUCCCUGCUCCUGCCAACCUAGCAGUUCGAAAGCAUGCCAAAGUGCAAGUAGAUAAAUAGGUACCACUCAGGCAGGAAGGUAAAUGGCGUUUCCGUGCGCUGCUCUGGUUCGCCAGAAGCAGCUUAGUCCUGCUGGCCACAUGACCCGGAAGCUGUACGCCGGCUCCCUCAGCCAAUAAAGCGAGAUGAGCGCCGCAACCCCAGAGUUGGCCACGACUGGACCUAAUGGUCAGGGGUCCCCUUUACCUUAAUGUGGAUUAUAACUAGCUAUGAUGGUUCUGCUCUGCCUCCAUAGCUGCUUCUGAAUGCCAGUAGCUGGAAACCACAGGAAGGGAGAAUAGCUCUUGUGUUCAGGUCCUAUUUGUGGGGUUCCCCUUUGGGGCACCUGCUUGGCCACCGCGAGAACAGGACGCUGGACUUGACAGGCCACGGGCUUGAUCUAUUAUGUUCUGUAUAAACCUUUUCCUCCCUCAGUGGCUUUGCUAGGUAAAGGUAAAGGGACCCCUGACCGUUAGGUCCAGUCGUGGCCGACUCUGGGGAUGCUGCGCUCAUCUCGCUUUAUUGGCCGAGGGAGCCGGCGUACAGCUUCCAGGUCAUGUGGCCAGCAGGACUAAGCCGCUUCUGGCGAACCAGAGCAGCGCACGGAAACGCCGUUUACCUUCCCACCGGAGUGGUACCUAUUUAUCUACUUGCACUUUGACGUGCUUUCGAACUGCUAGGUUGGCAGGAGCAGGGACCGAGCAACGGGAGCUCACACCGUCGCAGGGAUUCAAACUGCCGACCUUCUGAUCGGCAAGUCCUAGGCUCUGUGGUUUAACCCACAGCGCCACCCACAACCCAAGUGGCUUUGCUAGCUCUCCCCUAAAAUAAUAGGCAGCCUCCCCGACUCCGUGUUUCCCAAAGGGCGAGGGGAUGGGGUCCCCGUCUCGCUUUUCCUCGGCGCGGGCGUUCCGUCGUUCCCUCCCAGCAAGGGUUAAUGCAAAACUGGCUGGUCUUUGCAGCUGGCGUAGCCUGGAUCUGAUCAAUAUUUUCUAUCAGCGUGCAGGCAGUGCAGAGGCAGGGGGCGGAGGUGGGGGGGGAGCUGAGCUGAGCCCACUCAGGGAAGAUGUGGAGAGGGAAGGAGGAAGACGGGAGAGUGAAGGGAGCUUGUCACGUUUCACGGCCGCAAGGCAGAUACGCCAUACAGAUUAGGGCUUCUUCAAAAAAUGAAAUGAAAUGAAAAGCCUCGCCGCUUCGUGCCAAAAGACAUAUUUAUUAUUAUUAUUAUUAUUAUUAUUAUUAUUAUUAUUAUUAAAUCUAAUUUCAUUUCUUCCCUCCUCUCUCUCUGGUGCCUCUGAUCUGGGACUGUCCCAUCUCUGCUGUUUUGUUUUGUUUUAUAAUUGAUCUGAUUUGAAAUAUUUGCCUGCCGACUGUAAGGGGCAGGAGAGGGUCUUGUGGGACAGCAUAUGAUUUGGAUAUAAUACGGAGGUGUAAACUUGUGACUGGGUCGUAGCCAAUGCUCUUCAGAGGAGAUCUGCUGAAAUUCGUCCACGUGAACUUAGUUUCGUAAAUUUCGGCAGGUCUGCUCUGAGCAGAACGUAAUUUGAUAUCUGUUAUCCACGUUUUAUAAUCCGGCUUUUCUUAAUUCCGUCCAUCUACCUCUGGCCUGGGACCUGCCACAGCUGCAAUUUGAUUUGCAUUGGUCCCAUUUAAAAUGUUUUUUGGACACUUUUGUAAGGAGGUGGGCGAGGCAGCGAGGGGGAUCCCAAUUGCGUUGUACACUUAACAUGUAAUAAAAUGUUUAGAAAGCAGGAAAAAGUAAACUACAAACAUCCCCCCCCCCAAAAAAAAACCAGUGCAAGACCACAACAAAGGCCAUCAGGCAGACAAGCAAAGCUGUUAAUGAAUUAAGACUAUUUUUAAAAAAAGUUAAUUGUAUGGUGUUUUUUGCUCCCAUUGCUAGUGAGUUUUCUUUUCUUUUUAUCUGGUUCAUUAUUUGGAGCACAAUUAAAAAAUAAAAAAUAAAGGACCCAAAGCAGCUUUAAAAAAAAAAAAAUGAGAGGGAAAAUGUAACAUGGUAUAUAUAUAAAAAAUAGACAUAAUUAAGGACGACAGCAAAGGAAGAUAAGAAGGUGCUAUAUACCAGGUCAGAUCCUUGGUCCAUCUAGUUCAGUAUUGUCAACACUGGCAGGCAGCACAAAGUGGCUGCUACACUGAGCAACGGCCCUCCCUUGAAAAGCAAAGCAAGUUUCUAGUCCUCAAGUGCUGCCUCAAACAGGAACAUAGAAAGCUAGUUGCUUUAUGCCACGUUAGACCCCUGGUCCAUCUAUCUCAGUACUGUUUAUAUUUAUGAUAUACGAUAUCUUUAUUGUCACUGUCCUAUGCAGAACAAUGAAAUUGAAAAACUACAUAAAACAUUCAAAAAACCCUAAAAACUCUGAAACCCCAUUUUAAAAUACACUAUACUAUAGAGACCCCUUAUGCUGCAUUUAAAACCAAAAUUGCCUUUGGAUAGAAACUGUUUCUCAGGCGGCUAGUCCUGGCCUUUAUAACCCUGUAUCUUCUUCCAGAAGGCAGAAGCUGAAAGAGAUCAUUUCCGGGGUGCACACUAUCCUGCGCUAUCUCUGCCUCUUUCUUAUGGCACCUGACAGCAUAGAUUUGAUCUAAGGUGGGAAGAGUGCACCCAAUUAUUCUCUCCGCAGUCUUUACAACCCUGGACAGCAUCGUAGAUGGGCUCUCUGGGAUUUCAGGCUGCUCCUGACACCAAGGAGCAGGUUUUCAUCAAUGUUUGGAUACAACUGGACGCCAUUUUGAAUCAAGAUGGCAGACAGAACCUUUCCAUGCUGCCCUGAUUCUUACCACCGACUGCAAAACUGCCCUGGUUUGGUUGGUUUCUUGGGAUUCCCAAGCAAUGCCAGGCACUUUCCCUUAGUAAAGACAUACAGGAUACAAUUGGAUAUUGAAAAACAGAUUAACGGUGUGCUAAACGCUGUACAAAAAUCUAACUUCCGGCCUUUGGGCGAGCCACCAAGUGAAAUGGUUUUGCUUUCCUUGAGCGGCCCUUUUAGAUGUAAACAUUGACACUGGGAUAAAGUUGGGACAGAAAUCUGUGCUAUCAGACACACACAUUUCCUACCCACCCAAAAGCCCUCCUGCCGAAGCCACCGCCCUCAAGCCAUCCUGAAAAGUUCCCCUGCAGAUUGUUAAUUAAAAUAAAAGACUCAUUUAGAAAUAAGAAAACCUGCAAGGUUUUAAUACAGGGCCGUAAAAUCUUAGCCCAUUAAAUGUUAAUGGAGACCCUUUGCCAGGUUGCUUAAUAAUGUCUUAGCUUUGCAAAAUUACAUCUUGUUUUAAUAUUAUGAUGGACCUGGGUGGCUGCUAGCACUGCCGUCUCAUUCCCUUCCCUAUCCCCUUUUCCUUUUCGUGUGUGCAUCACCUCCAUUUUAUGUCCAUUUCUGGCAGCUGUCAAAAGACGCCACGGGGGGAAUGCAGGCAAGGGAUUGCCAACUGAUCAGGAGAAUAAGGAUCUGGACGCUCUUGUGCUUUUCACAGAAUUUGGCAGGGCGAAACUUUUCACGGCAGAGAGAUAAGUUGGCAGUGCUUGGUUGACAAGGGGCCAGGAGGCUACUCAGCUCUCUCCUUCUCUCAGACCUCAGUCUCUGCAGCUCAGGAGACAUCAGUGGGUUACUAGACCCAGGGGUCACCUCAGCCUCCCCUGACCCAACUGGUAGUGGAGCAUCUGGAGCCAGGGCAGGCUCAGGCCCCUGACUCGGCCCAGCUGGUGCUUGUUGCAGGGGAGCCUGUGCAGAAUGGGGCUCUUCAGGAUCAGGCCCCAGACUAAGUUCAGCUGCCGCCUGAGGCAAAGGAUCCGGUGCGGACUGAGACUCUUCUGGCUCCGAGUCAGAGUCCCAGGACAUCGCACAACAAUACCAAAAAUCCAAACACAGCUAUCCUUCAAAAUUAUCUCCCAAUGAUAUCGUGCCCUCCUCCAGCUAAGUGAUAGGUUCAGGAAUGCACAUUCUAGGGUAUGUGUGCCCCAAUAAUAAUAAUAAUAAUAAUAAUUUAUUAUUUGUACCCCACUCUGGGCGGCUUCCAACAAAGAUAAAAAAUACACUAAAAUGUCACAUAUUAAAAACUUCCCUGAACAGGGCUGCCUGUAAUAACAAAUAAUGCUAUUUUAAAAUACACUAACCCUACAGCCUAUAUCCACUUCCAAAGCUAUUCAAAGAUUCAAAAAGAUAUUAGGGAAAAUGACAUCUACAAAUGCAUUGUGUUAGACAAAAUUGCUUGCGCAGGUAUGUCAAUAAUAAUAAUAAUAAUAAUAAUAAUAAUAAUAAUAAUAAUAAAUUUCAUUUAUACCCCACCCUCCCCAGCUAUUAAAAACAAUGGAUUAAAAUACAACUUAAAAACAAGAUUAAAACACAACAUUAAAAUGCAGCCUCAUUUCAGUAGAAACUCAAAUCAUAAACUUUUUGGGGAUGAAAAUAAACAUCAGGCAAAAUUGCAUACAAAUAUGUGUCUAGCAAGAGAAAUUCGCACUGAUGGAAUGAAUUUUCAUGAGGACUUAACUUGUUUCCUCCUUCGCAAACUCAUAUGGAAAUGUGGCGAUCUGCACUUGAAUUGAGAAACUGAAAUUGAAAAAUUCGCGCCUCCUACCAGUGCCUUCAAAGGAGGCUUCAGUGAUGGCUUUAAAAGAGGGUGGGACCAGUUCAUGGAGGGAGGAAGAGCUUUUAGCCAAGAUGGCUCUGCCCUGUCUCCACAGUCGGAGGCAGAAAUGGUUCUGAAUACCAGAACCGUAGGAGAAGAGAGAGCUCUUGCUCUCGGAUCCUGUUGCUGGUUUCCCUUUGGGGCAACUGGGUGUCCAGCGUGACAACAGGAGGCUGAACUAAACAGCAUCCACCCCCUUGGGUCUGCUCCAGCAUCCAGGCUUUUCUGACAUUCUUAUGGAACCUCCAGGUCCAGAGGGAGUCUACCCAGAUUUCUAGGUUCUUUCCCCCGCCCAAAGAUUUUUUAUUCAUUUUAUAACACAACAACACAAACAGAAAAAACAAACAAUACAAACAAAUUCUUGUCUUAUUCUUAUUUUUUCUAAACAUUCUUAGGUGGGCUUCCCCAAGUCCCCGCUAUCUGAUUUUCAUUUUACCUCAUCUUUAGCAGAUUACAUAUAUCAUUUUUAACCAUUUUUUAAAUCACGCUUACUUUUACCAUAAAAAUCUUCACAUUUUAUCACUUACAAAUAAUGUUAUUUUAAAAUACACUAACCCUACAGCCUAUAUCCACUUCCAAAGCUAUUCAAAGAUUUAAAUAUUAACAUAUUUUAUCAGAUAUUCUUCCAAUCUUCUUCCACUGUCUCUUCUCUCUGGUCUCGGAGUCUCCCGGUUCCAUCUAGUCCGUCAUCUUAAUCUGCCACUCUUCAAUAGUUGGUAAAUCUUGUUUCUUCCAAUUCUUCGCUAGUAAUAUUCUCGCAGCUGUUGUGGCAUACAGAAAAAAUGGAACAUCCUUUUUGGGGAUUUCACCUCUAGAUUUCUAGGUUCUUUGGGACAUUUAUGGUCACUGUGAGAACAAGAUUUUGGACUGGAUGGAGAGCUCUCUUUAUGUUCUUCAGCAAUUGCAUUGUUGUCAGAAGGUCGGCGGUUCGAAUCCCGGCAAUGGGGUGAGCUCCCGUUGCUCAGUCCCUGCUCCUGCCAACCUAGCAGUUCGAAAGCACCUCAAAGUGCAAGUAGAUAAAUAGGUACCGCUCCGGCGGGAAGGUAAAUGGUGUUUCCGUGCGCUGCUCUGGCUCACCAGAAGUGGCUUAGUCCUGCUGGCCACAUGACCCGGAAGCUGUACGCCGGCUCCCUCGGCCAGUAAAGCGAGAUGAGCGCUGCAACCCCAGAGUCAGCCCCGACUGGACCUAAUGGUCAGGGGUCCCUUUACCUUUAAUCUUUACCUGUUAAGGGUACCCCGCCAAAACGUCGCCUGCCAGGUGGACAUGUGAGAAAGUGAAACAGUUUUGGGAACAGAUUUAUAACGAAUUGAAAAAGACAUUUAAAUACACUUUCCCAAAAGAAGCCAGAAGCUUUCUUGCUAGGCUUGAUAGGAGAGGAAAUAGAAAAAGCAGAUCAAAGGUUAUUUAUUAGCCGAAAAAUGGAAAGUACCAGAAUUACUAACAAUAGAAGAGUGGCAGACGAAGGUGGUUGAUUAUGCGGAACUAGCAAAACUGACCUGUAGGAUCCGAAAUCAGGAGGAAGCAAAAUUCCAAAAAGAUUGGAGUAAAUUUAUGGAGUACAUAAAUAAGAACUGUAGAAAUCUGAAGACUCUGGCAGGACUGAAAUAAAUCUUACGAUGUAGAUAGGAUUGGAUACAAUAAGAAACUGUGGAAAAGUAACUGACCUAAGAAAACCUGUUGAAGGGAGGGAAGGAAGUCAGUGCUCAGCAGAGUGUGGGGAAAGAAUGUAGGUAAAUGACGGUUGAAUUUUACUGUAUUUUGUUUGUUUGUAUUAAACGAAACACCAAUAAAAAGCAUUAAAAAAAACACACACCUCAGGCAGCAAAAAACAAAAUGUCACCUGCCAUAUUGGCAGAGAUUCGCCGUCUGCGAAGAUCACCUCACUUUGCACUCAGAAUGUUGUUGUUUAGUUGUUUAGUUGUUAGUCGUGUCCGACUCUUCGUGACCCCCUGGACCAGAGCACGCCAGGCACACCUGUCUUCCACUGCCUCCCGCAGUUUGGUCAAACUCAUGCUGGCAGCUUCGAGAACACUGUCCAACAUCUUGUCCUCUGUCGUCCCCUUCUCCUUGUGCCCUCCAUCUUUCCCAACAUCAGGGUCUUUCCCAGGGAGUCUUCUCUUCUCAUGAGGUGGCCAAAGUCUUGGAGCCUCAUCUUCAUGAUCUGUCCUUCCAGUGAGCACUCAGGGCUGAUUUUCUUCAGAAUGGAGAGGUUGGAUCUUCUUGCAGUCCAUGGGACUCUCAAGAGUCUCCUCCAGCACCAGAAUUCAAAAGCAUCCAUUCUUCGGCGAUCAGCCUUCUUUAUGGUCCAGCUCAGAAUAAACCACCCCAAUUGCAUAAAUGCGUGCACCCUUUGGGUGAUUUCUUUGGGGGUGGGGGGCGGGAGAGGAGAGGAAGUUUCCCCACCACGCUCGACCGUUCCGGAAGCUUCUGGCACAGAAGAAACCCAUGAAGUCCUACAUUACUGGGAGGCACGCUCAGGACAGAAACCCAGCAAGGUUUUCUUAGAGGGGGAAAGCUAUACGGAAGGGAGCCGAGAGGUUUUUUUGAGCGAGGGAUGGAGACGGAAGACGUCAGUCACCAGAACUAUUGAUUUGGCAUUAAAUUCCCUCCUUUCUUCCCUCCUCCUCCAAUCCAUGCAAUUAAACAGAGGCAUUAAAAACAAGGGAGGCACGUUCUUUUGAGGUCAUCAUCCCCUUUAAAAGCAAAACUUUAAAAGCGUUGGCCCCUUUGGAAAGGCUGGUUUAAAGAGGGACGCAGUAAUAAGGUGCCGUACACAGAACCAAAUCCGUCUAGCUCAGUUUUUAAGGGAACAGCCUGAAAAGGCAUCUGUAGACAGGAUUUGGGUACGCUUCUGUUUGAAACUCCCGAGAGCCACAGCCAGGCCAUGUAAGCAAUACAAAGCUAAAUGGCUCAAAGGUCUGACUCAGUAUAAGACAGCUUCCGAUAUCACUAUUUCUCAGCAUUUUCCUCAGAACCAUGAGGACUAGAGACUAGGUUUAUUUUUAAGGGGACGGCUCUAGCUCAGGAAGAGAGAGCCUGCUUUGCAUGCAGAAGAGUUUAAUCCCUGAAAAGGGAUGUCUAGGAAGGAGGUUUGGGGAGACUCCCUGUCUACAACGCUGCCGAUCAGUGCAGACAGUAUUCAGCCAGAUCAGGGAGGUCCAACUUUUCAUACCAAUGGCAUAAUCCAAUAGUUUGAUCUGCCAGUCCACUCUGGUAGGGACCUUGUCGUCUCUCUGGGCAAGCAAAAUCCUUGCAGCUGUUGUGGCAUACAUAAACAGUCUUUUCUGUUCCUUCGGUAUCUCUGCACCUACAAUUCCUAACAAAAAGGCUUAUUUUAAAUCCCCCCCCCCCCAAUUCAUUAUAUAUUUCCCAGAAUUCCUUUAUUCCUUUACAAUUCCACCACAUGUGGUAAAGGUAAAGGUAAAGGGACCCCUGACUGUUAGGUCCAGUCGUGGUCGACUCUGGGGUUGCAGCGCUCAUCUCGCUUUACUGGCUGAGGGAGCCGGCGUACAGCUUCCGGGUCAUGUGGCCAGCAUGACUAAGCCGCUUCUGGCGAACCAGAGCAGCGCACAGAAACGCCGUUUACCUUCCCGCUGGAGCGGUACCUAUUUAUCUACUUGCACUUGAUGUGCUUUCGAACUGCUGGGUUGGCAGGAGCAGGGACCGAGCAACGGGAGCUCAUUAUAUAUUCCCCAGAAUUCCUUUAUUUCUUUACAAUUCCACCACAAGUGGUAAAAGGUGCCACCCAAAUCUUUUAAGUGCUUAGGGCCUCUGAAGGUCUUGAUCCAGCCCUGCGCGAGGCUCUGGCAGGCUCCCCGAGCCCCUCCACCUCCUUCCCAAAACUGGGAAAGCACUAACCGGGCUUUGGGAAGGAGUUGGGAGGACUCUUGGACCCUGCCAGAGCCAUCACACCAUCUUCCCAAAGCCCAGCACCUCACUUACCUGGUUUGGGGGAAGGGCUGCAGGGGUGGGGGAGGCCAAAAAAGGCCUCAGGGGCCACAUUGAGUGAGAGGACCCAAUGACCUGGCCCUACGGUGCGUCACGAACGCCUUCUCAUUUUCUCUUUUCUUCUCCGUUUUGCUGCCCCCCACCAGCCUGCAAAAGGAAAGAGCAAGAUCAAGGCAAAGCCGACCGAAACCACGUCCCUAAGCGCCACCGCCUGGUCUUCACGGACAUCCAGCGCCGCACGCUCCACGCCAUCUUUCACGAGAACCAGCGCCCUUCCAAAGACCUUCAGAUCACCAUCGCCCAGCAGCUGGGCCUGGAGCUGUCCACCGUCAGCAAUUUCUUCAUGAACGCCCGGAGGCGCAGCCUGGACAAGUGGAUGGAGGAGGGCCGCUCCCCAUCCUCGGGGGGCCACGCCACCAACCCCUCCUCGGCCGUCACCUGCACCAAAGCGUAA